UCCUUUUCCAUGCAGCCACAGGUCCACUUUGUGCACUCUUUGACUCAUAUAGCCUACACGUUCAGACGUAGGCUAUCUGUCAUUUUGUGCCAGUGGUCACAUGGCUUUGGCCCUCAGGAAUGGAUAGAGAUGGAUCCCCACGUCAGCUUGUACGUCUAAGGAUUUCUGCUCCACCAGUCUGCCUCAAAGUGACUGGAGCGCAGCGACGCGGAGGAACUAUGCGAGGAUUAUUAUAGGACGUUUCCAACAGCAGAAUAUGGAUUUUGAUGAACGGAUCUCUGGCUCCAAUAUGUAUUUACCGAGCUGCACUUACUACGUCUCCGGAGCAGAGUUCUCGGGUCUCCCUCAUUAUUUAACCCAGAGCCAGUCCUCUUGCCCCAUGACAUACUCGUACCAGUCCUCAGCGCUGCCACAGGUCCCGUCCGUCAGAGAUGUGGCUUUCAGAGACUAUGGCAUUGAUACUUCAAGUAAAUGGCACCACAGCAGGGGGAGCCUGUCACACUGCUACGCUGAGGACAUCGUGCACAGGGACAGCUGGUCGAGCCCAGGCUCACGGGGGGGAGAGAUCCUGGUGAAAGGCGGCUCCGGCGUCAGCCACUCCAGCUCCUCCAACCCGACGCCGGGCUUCUACGGUAGCGUUGGCAGGAACGGGGUGCUGCCGCAGGCUUUCGACCAGUUCUUCGACACGGCCUACGGGAGCGCGGAGAACAGCACAACGCCGACGGCACAGGCGCCGGACGCGGACAGACACGCCAAGGCGAGCCCCGCUCCUGCGCACUCGGGCUCGGACACGGCGGAGAGCUGCAGCCCCAAGUCGUCCUCCGGCCACAGCGAGGAGAAGCAGAGCAAAAGCAGCAGUGAGUGAACCUGCUUAAUGCAAGGAACCAAAUCUAUCGCGUUGCUCUUAAACCUUUUUAUAUGCAGUUUUAUAAGCACGUAAGGUUUAUGGAGGGCCUGCAGAUUUAGCCUGUAACAAAACUAUGUUAUAAACGACAAGAUCACGUGCUUGGGAUUGAAAUUGGCCGUGAAGACUUUGGCGUUAAGAUUGUCUUCAAGAUUUCAAACAAGAUCUCCACUUUUUCCCACACAUUUGUGUUUAUAUUGGCUUCUAUAAUUACCCUGUAAAACAUACAUGGCAGAUUCGUUUUUGUUAAUAAAAACACUAUUGAAAUAACAACUUAGAUAUUUCAAAUACGCCCCUACCCAUGUGAUUCUAAUGAAUUUAUUGCUCGUAUUUCUGCCUCUUUUUUUGAUUUAACGUUGGGUUUAUUUUGUGCUGGCUGCACUGGGCUGCUGGGCCAUUUCAGUUUGACUUUGGACAAGACUUUUUAGCUCUAACCCUGCUUCUCAGCAUAAAUAUUUACAAAUUCUCAGGAUUUGUAAGGAUUUAAUCCAACGACUGCUUUCCAUGACGGAAUUUACUCCACUAAGGCUAAAAACAACAGCUCCUUUACACACAGUGAAACCAAAAGCGGACAGUAAAAGCGUAUCAAGAUAUAUGAUACUCUCCUGUUUGGUUUAGGCCCACGCCCUAACUCUUAAAAAGAAGCCAAUAUGGUUUUUACAGAUUUCAGUAAGUUUUCACUACUUCCGACAUGCAGUCCUUCAAAGUGUUCCACUGUCAGGCUACAGGCUUUGUUUACAAAUCUCGGUCCUGUAGGCCUGAGAGGAGAGGGAGACACUUGAACUCCAAAAGCUCACUCUGGACCACCAGCCACUGCUGCAGCUGCUUCAAAAGCAAGAAGUACACUUGUGAUUUCAUGUCGUGGCUAUAAUCUCUGAUUUCUUAUGUGUGUGUGUUUUCUCCAGGUGGCCAGAGGACGCGCAAAAAGAGGUGUCCAUACUCCAAGUAUCAGAUCAGGGAACUCG